AUGCGGACGAGGGUCUUUACGUUGAUAUCAAAAAGAGGCUAUAGAAGGAGUACUGUUGGUCCUCAAUUUCGAGAUCUAGCAGAGAUCAAGAAAUACGUUGCGACCCCACAGUGGUCAAUUGGUGACUUCAUGGAGCAGGAUACAAACGUGCAGGAAUUACCAUCAGUGGAAACAGUAGAAAGACUUUUGAAACUAUCUGGCCUACUUCCCAAGGAUGUGGAAUCUCUACGCAGAAAGCUGGGGCAUCAAUUAGUGUUUUUGGAUAAACUGGUGACGCUGGACGUCAAUGAGAAGACUGAUCCGAAAAACGCUAGACUACUGCCGCGAAACCCAAAACCACUCGAAUAUGACGAUUUGAUCCAUGCUGCUCAAAAUCAGGUCAAAGACGCAAGUCUCGGGGAAAUUAGUGGAUCAUGGGAUAGCGUUGAACUAGCCAAGAAUAGCAAGGACGGCUUCUAUGUUUUACGUAAGGCCUUCAUGAAAAGGAAAUGA